CAGCCCGCUGGCGCUGAUGCUGACGGUUGUCCUGGUGUUCGCCGGCCUCUUCUACAUCAUCUUCUUCGUAAGCGGAGUGAGCUACUUCCAGGACCCCCUUUUCUGCGUGUUUGUGGUGUUCUCCUUCACCUCCAUCGUCGACUUGAUCAUCUCGCUGGAGGAAGAUGGCUACAUUUCUGGCUUCAUGGAGGUCUACGUCAGAGAGGGCGAGCCCUACCUGCGCACGGCGCACGGCAUCAUGAUCUGUUAUUGGGACGGCAUCAUCCACUAUGGGCUCUACCUCGCCAUGAUUGCGGCCAUCAGCCAGAGAAAGAGCUACAGGAACCUGGGUCUCUUCUGGCUGGGCUCCCUGAUGAUGAGCAUCGUCGUCUUCCUGCUUGGGAACCUGAUAGGGAAAUACAGCUCCGACCUCAGCCCUGCCUUCCUGCUCAACCUGCCCUACGUCCUCAUCCCCAUCUGGGCUGGGGUGAAGCUCUUCCAGCAGCCCAAGGCUCUGCCAUGCCACAGCCCCGAGAAGGUUGCAGAGGAGCAAUGCAAGCGCCUGUACCAGCGGCCGCAGGACAUGGGGCUGGUCCUGCUCCUGCUCCUCACCGCCGCUUUCACCUUCUUCAGGGGGAUGGUGGUUUUGGACUGUCCUGCCGAUUCAUGCUUUGAGUACAUCUAUCAGCACGAGCCGUACCUGCGUGACCCAGUUGCCUACCCCAAAGUGCAGAUGCUGAUCUACAUGUUCUACGUCCUCCCCUUCUUCUGCCUCUGCAUCUACGGGCUGGUGCUGCCCGGCUGCUCCUGGCUGCCCGACUGGAGCCUGGUGUUUGCCGGUGCCGUCGCGCAG